AUGGCCACCGCACCUACCACCAACCCGGCUCUCGUCAACGGAAACUACCACGCCCAUCAUCAAACCAAUCCUUACGCCGCUGAUGCCUAUAAUCCCUCUCACGCUGCCACCAAUAGCGCCUCUUCCGCCAAUUAUAAUAAUAAUCAACAACAUAACAAUUCUUCAGCCCCUGCUCACUCUGCUGGGUCUGAGCCAAAGAACGACAUCCCCAAGGAUGAGGUGGGAUGGUUCUUUGUUGAACAGUACUAUACUACCCUCAGCCGUAACCCUGAAAAACUGCACCUCUUCUACUCCCGUAAAUCUCAGUUUGUUUCUGGUGUGGAGGCGGAAAAAGUUACCGUUGCCGUUGGACAAAAGGCUAUCAAUGAACGGAUUAAGGAACUCGAUUUCCAAGAUUGCAAGGUCCGAGUUUUAAAUGUGGAUUCGCAGGCUUCCUUCGAUAACAUUCUCGUUUCCGUGAUUGGCGAAAUUUCCAACAAAUCUGAGCCGUCUCGCAAGUUUGUCCAGACAUUCGUGCUGGCUGAGCAACCAAAUGGAUACUACGUCUUGAACGAUAUUAUCAGAUACUUGGCCGAUGAGGAGGAAGAAGCCGUUGUGGAAGAAGCCCCCGUCGAGAUAGAGGAAGUAGCUGGGGCUGUGGAGCCUGCCGCGACCGCUGUUGAACAGGAAACAACCACGGAGCCAGUCGCUGAGCGUCAAGCAGACAAUGAGACUGCAGGCCAAGAAAUUGAUGAGAAGCUUGAACAAAUCAAUGGUGAUGCGGCUCCUGUCCCUACUGCUGAGCCGCAGCCCGCAACUGAAACAGCGGAUGAGAAGGCAGCUCCGGCUUCAUCUUCAACUACAGAACCCGCAGUGCCAGUAGCCUUGCGGCCCAAGGAGUCGGAGCCCACACCUGUCGUACCUGCUCCCAAAGGCGCUGCGCCAGUUCCUGAAAAGGAGCCUGCGCCUCUCGUGGCUAAGGCACCAAUGAGUUGGGCGUCCAUUGCCUCUAGCCGUGCUAGUGUCCCCGUAGCUACUACGCCCACCGUGGUUACCCCAACCCCAGCUACGGCAGCAGCACCAGCACCCCAGAAGGCGGCUGCUCCCUCUCCAUCCCACGCUCAGUCGACUUCCGCUGCAGCCGCCGCCGCACCAGCUGCUACAGAGAGCGAGAACCUUACCAGCCAAUCUUCAAGCGGAUCAGAAUGGCAAACUGCCGGUGCGGAUCAUGGCAGAAGACAAGGCCGUCCUCAAUCCGUCUCUACCGCUGCAGAGGAGAACACCCGCGGUCUUAUCAAGAAUGUCAAUGAGAAGGUCGAUGCGGCGCUCUUGAAGCAGGUCAUGUCCCGGUUUGGAAAGCUCAAGUACUUCAAUGUGAACAGACAACAGGGUACCGCCUAUGUCGAGUUCGCAGAUGUUGCUGCCUACAAGAGCGCUCUCUCCUCCAACCCCCACCAGAUCGGAACCGAAGAAGUCACGGUUGAGCGCCGUCGACCUGGCGGUUUCGGGGGCAAUUCCUACGGAUCUGGUCGAGGAGGCUCUCGCGGUGGCCGUGGUGACGGUCGUUCUGGCAGCCAGGGCGGCCGUGGCGGUUUCCAAAAUGACUCUGGCCGCUACACCCCCCGCGGCCGUGGUGGAAACCUCACACCCAAGGGAGGCCGCAGCCAGCCCCAAGCUGCGUAA